AGUGUUUCGCAUCGUUUGCAGCUGAAGUUAUCAGAUUGAAGGCCAUUUUUUUAAUUUUCUACACAAAUAAUAUAUUAUAAUGAAAAUGGUCUGAACACCACAAAGAGAAACCUGGCUCUCAAGUCACUCUAGCCCAAAACAUGGAUGUUUUCCAGCGUGCCAAAGUCAAGGCCGGGUCCCGAAAGAAUCCACAUGGUCAUAAACUGUACAAGCAACUUCUCAGCAAUGCUUCUCAAGGCAUUACCUUCUCCGAAGAUGUUAUUAUGGAGAUGGGACCUGAGACUGUGCCUUACAGCAAGGCCAACUUCCACUGUUUGUAUCAUGCAUCUGGUCCACUGGCACCAAUUCCCAAACAAAACAGUAAAAAGAAAAAGUGGAUCAAACCGAGUCACUCCAAAGAUGAAGAAGAGAUUCUUGUGGAGGAGACUCAUCUUCUACCAUUGGAGCCUCCAUCAAUUGCUCCACUAGCUGCCAAGGAGUCCCUGACUUUUUCCAUUACACAGGACAACAUGUCGGAUACCAUCAGAAGGACAGGCCUGCGUUGGGUACCUAACAUCUACAGCUGUCUGAAGCAGACCACAAGGAGUGAUAAGGACGACAAACCCAGGAUGGAAAUUAAGUGGGAUGAGUUUGUACUGAAACAACUUACUAAGACCACUGCAAAGUGGAUCGUCAGCCAGCAGAUUCCCAGCUACUGCAUCAUGGAUAAGUCGAGGCUUCAGUCAAUGCUAAGGAGGAAGUAUGGGUCAGCCAGUGCGACAGACCUGGUGAACGAUGACCCUAUGAGCGAGCAGGACUUCUGCUGUUUUGUGGAGCUGCGAAAGCCCAUUGCAGAGCUGAAAGGGACUCUCGAAAGCAUAGCUGAGACACCAUUGCCAGUGUAUUACAGGGUGCAGGGCUACUCCUGCUCGACAACCACUACGGAUAAACCUGGUGGAGUAAACCGAACGGCAGGAAAUGUGGUGGUGAAGCGCAUUGAGCCCCCUCAAACUCCCAAGCUGCAAGACAGCCUGAACCCACGGGCAGGCAAAUUUGUCUAUCACACCGACAACAGUUUUGAGCAGCAGCUCCACUUGGGGAUAGCAAAACCAGUCCAUCAGCUACUCACAAAGAACCAUGACCGAAUUAUCAUGGACAACCACUCCGAGUACCAGAAGCAUCUUCAGGAAUCCUACCCUAGUGUACCACAAACAUUUCUGACAGCACUGAAGGAGAUCAAAGUACCACAAAGAGAAGUUAUUGGACGAACUGAGAGGGGUAUGCGGAGAUGGGUGGCUCUGCCUACCGUUGCUGACUACGCCACAGAGAUUGGGCUGAUACCACCUGACAACAGCGACCUGGUUACCGUGGCACCCAAACAGCAACGCCGCUAUGAGCCCAUGACAGAACACUCCUCCCUUCGCUAUGCCGUGGAGGAGUGGAGAAGCGCAUGGAAAAUCAAAACCACAUGGCAAAGUGUGACCAUAGAGGGCCUGAAAAGAGCCCUCACUGACAUGCACUAUCACGUCCGCUUGGGAGCCAUAGCAACCUGCGCCUCGGGAGCCGUGAACAGGCCAAGGGCCGUGGAGGACCCGAUAGAUGCUGCUCAGUUUGGGCGCAGCUGGGACGUGCAUCCGGUUCCUCCGGAGCUGCUGCCGCUGAUCGUCGCGGCACUGGAUGACCCCAUCAGGAGGGUACAGAUGGCAGCAGCCGUGUGCCACUACGCCAUGGGCACACCUGACGCCAAGGCCAGAGAAAUCCUCCGCAGUGCCCUGCACGAAGAUUUUGCAGGUCUGGGUGCAGACAGCUGGAUGGCAGCUCAGCUCCUAGCCAUGGAGGGGGAGACCAGCAGGGCUGUCAUUCAGAGGCUUCUGUCUCAGCACUUCCAGGGUGAGGCCAAGACAGACAUGGAGCAGGCAGCCUCGCUCCUCUCCAGCCUCAGCAGUAAGACGACUCUAGUGCGCUCUCUGCUGGCAGAGAAGCUGAACUGUGCCGACUGGAGGACCAGAGUGCUGGCCUGUGACACCAUCUCUCAACUGAAGGGUCCACUGAACAAGGACCUUGCAGACAAGCUGAUCCAUCUGAUGUGGAAUGACUGGCAUGGUAAAGUGAGACAGAAAGCAGCACAGGCCCUAGGCAAGCUGGGGAUGGGAAGACAAGUGCACAAUGAACUGAGUGAGAAGCUGGAAGAUGGUUUAGGUUCGAGGCGUGUGGAGGCGUUGGUGCUCAUUGGUCAGCUGCGCAUCAUGACCGCCAAGCUGCUGCCGUCCUUUCUGCUUUGCCUGAACGACAGCUUUGUGGCCGUCCGCAAACAGGCCUGCCACGUCGCUGGAGAACUCAUGAUGAGGGACAAUAUGGUCAUGAAUCAGCUUCUACACUUGAUGCAGAAUGACCCUGCUGGGGAGGUAAAAGUUGCAGCAAUUUCUGCCCUGGCAAGGAUCAGGUGCCUUACGAGCAGCCUGCAGAACCUUCUCUUGUGGGCCCUGCACCAUGAGCUGGAGCCCAGUGUGCGCAUCGCUGCCUGUGAGGCCCUGAUGAAGCUGAGGGUGGAGGGCCCAGAGCUCCAGCAGGUCCUGCAGGAGUGCUGUGUGCUGGAGCCCAAUCCCCUCGUGCGGGGAAAAGUCGAAUUGUUACUGAAAGUACAUGGUUACAAACUUGAUGGCGACAAGGGCAUGGUUCACAAAAUCAAAGAUCAGGUCCAUAAGCUGUGUGCCAAGGAGGUCAUACAACAGAAAGUGAUGAUUUUGAAGGAGCUGGAGUCACUGCAGGGGAUCAGGAGGAGGCUUCAGGGGCCCCAGGACGACAACUCAGAAACAUCAGACAGCCAAGUCCUCGCUGAGCUGCUUCAUGAGCACUUCAAAAGUAGCAAACCUGCAUUCCUUACAGAAGUAGAGUGCCCAACAUUAAAACGGACAGAAAGUCCACAGAUGCAGACCGACUAGAAGAUGACAAGGAACCUUCCGAAACAUAGCCUAACCCAACAGACCAAACACAAGCCUCAAAUAUUGUAGUCCAUUAAAGGGUUUUGAGAUCUCUA